CCCCGAAAAUUUUCAAACCCCCCCGGCGCAACUCCUCCUCCAUCACCACCCCUCCUCCCUCCAGCAGGCGGUGCUGAAUUGUUCUUCUUAUCCCGUUAAUGCUGUGUAUCGAUGUCCAAUGUUGGAUUUGCUGAGAGUGUGUUGAUUAUAACCAGGGUUGUGUGAUUAGCUGACUGAGGAUUUCAGUUUAGUUUGUUAUCUCGUGCUGAUGGCGAAGAAAAGAGGUAGAAAACCUGCUAAGCAAAAGGAAAGCAAUAUUGAGAAUGUUGAUAAGGAGGAGGCUGUGCCUGAAAAAAGUGAAAAAAAUGAAUUCCAGGACGAGGAAGUUGAACAUCAAAUUGCUGCAAUCAGGGCACUUCGACAUAUGGAGAUUGAACAGUUGCGAACCAUGUUGCAUUUGCUUCGCUCGUGUUUCAGCAAGGAACAGCUUCAAGUUCCUCUACUGCAGUUUUUUAAAGAAAAUUUUCCAAAUCUUUCCAUUGUAAAGAAUGAAAAAAAUGGCAUAUAUGAAGUGCAACAGAAAGAUGACAAGGGUAACUUGUACACAAACCAAGCUAAUGGAGGAAACUUGCAUGCUUCUCUUCUACACCGCUUGUCUAUGACUUACCCAGAUUUCUCUACUGUAAAGCCGUCUCUUGGUGACUUUGAGUUUUCAAAUAAAAGUGGUAAAUUGAAAGCAAGCUUUUUGGGCGUGGAUUGUAUGCAGAUCAGAGGAUUUGAUUUAGAAGAGUUAUCUGAUGCCACAAUCUUUGAGCGGCAGGACAAAUUUCGAACUCCUGAUGUGAAUAACCAGAGGCUGUCUGUAGGUCUGACACCGAAAACCAAAAGGCUUCCCAAGCAUGGAGAGAUGCUUCUAUCCGUCCAUGGCUCACCCCUUGGUGUUUAUAAGGAAGAUAACAUGGAGGCAAUAGAUGAGAUGGAAGAUGGUUGACAAGUUAGGAUGCUCGAUCAUUAUUCCGUUUUGUAGAAUAAAGAUUUUCCUCUCCAGUUUGAAGGGUAUCUGAAUGUAUGUUCUACUUACUCUCAUUAGUACAAAUCCAAAGUUGUAUCAUAUGGUUUUGCAGUCUGGUAUGACAUAUGAACAUACCAGUAUUGCUGUUGUGGGUAGAGAAAUGAUGGACCUUUAACAUCUGCACUCAUCACAUUCAUUAGAGGUUGUGGCCAUCUGUUAUAUGUCAAGAAAUUUAACAGUCCUCGGGAAGAAUGAGUAAUUUGGAGAGAUCAAAAUAUGUUU